ACACCAUACCAUCCAUCCAGCCACCCCCGCUCCCCCACCCCAGGACACCUGGUGAGUACACCAUACCAUCCAUCCAGCCACCCCCGCUCCCCCACCCCAAGACACCUAGUGAGUACACCAUACCAUCCAUCCAGCCACCCCCGCUCCCCCACCCCAGGACACCUAGUGAGUACACCAUACCAUCCAUCCAGCCACCCCCGCUCCCCCACCCCAGGACACCUAGUGAGUACACCAUACCAUCCAUCCAGCCACCCCCGCUCCCCCACCCCAGGACACCUAGUGAGUACACCAUACCAUCCAUCCAGCCACCCCCGCUCCCACACCCCAGGACACCUAGUGAGUACACCAUACCAUCCAUCCAGCCACCCCUGCUCCCCCACCCCAGGACCCCUAGUGAGUACACCACACCACCCAUCCAGCCACCCCAGCUCCCCCACCCCAGGACCCCUAGUGAGUACACCACACCAUCCAUCCAGCCACCCCCGCUCCCCCACCCCAGGACACCUAGUGAGUACACCAUACCAUCCAUCCAGCCACCCCCGCUCCCCCACCCCAGGACACCUAGUGAGUACACCAUACCAUCCAUCCAGCCACCCCCGCUCCCCCACCCCAGGACACCUAGUGAGUACACCAUACCAUCCAUCCAGCCACCCCCGCUCCCCCACCCCAGGACACCUAGUGAGUACACCAUACCAUCCAUCCAGCCACCCCCGCUCCCGCAUCCCAGGACACCUAGUGAGUACACCAUACCAUCCAUCCAGCCACCCCUGCUCCCCCACCCCAGGACCCCUAGUGAGUACACCACACCAUCCAUCCAGCCACCCCAGCUCCCCCACCCCAGGACCCCUAGUGAGUACACCACACCAUCCAUCCAGCCACCCCCGCUCCCCCACCCCAGGACACCUAGUGAGUACACCAUACCAUCCAGCCACCCCUGCUCCCCCACCCCAGGACACCUAAUGAGUACACCAUCCAGCCACCCCCGCUCCCACACCCCAGGACACCUAGUGAGUACACCAUACCAUCCAUCUAUCCACCCCCGCUCCCCCACCCCAGGACACCUAGUGAGUACACCAUCCAUCCAUCCAUCCAGCCACCCCCGCUCUCCCACCCUAGGACCCCUAGUGAGUACACCAUACCAUCCAUCCAGCCACCCCCGCUCCCCCACCCCAGGACACCUAAUGAGUACACCAUCCAGCCACCCCCGCUCUCCCACCCCAGGACACCUAAUGAGUACACCAUCCAGCCACCCCCGCUCUCCCACCCCAGGACACCUAGUGAGUACACCAUACCAUCCAUCCAGCCACCCCUGCUCCCCCACCCCAGGACCCCUAGUGAGUACACCACACCAUCCAUCCAGCCACCCCCGCUCCCCCACCCCAGGACACCUAGUGAGUACACCAUCCAUCCAGCCACCCCCGCUCUCCCACCCUAGGACACCUAGUGAGUACACCAUACCAUCCAUCCAUCCACCCCCGCUCCCCCACCCCAGGACACCUAGUGAGUACACCAUCCAGCCACCCCCGCUUCCCCACCCCAGGACCCCUAGUGAGUACACCACACCAUCCAUCCAGCCACCCUCGCUCCCCCACCCCAGGACACCUAGUGAGUACACCAUCCAUCCAUCCAGCCACCCCCGCUCUCCCACCCUAGGACACCUAGUGAGUACACCAUACCAUCCAUCCAUCCACCCCCGCUCCCCCACCCCAGGACACCUAGUGAGUACACCAUCCAGCCACCCCCGCUUCCCUACCCCAGGACCCCUAGUGAGUACACCACACCAUCCAUCCAGCCACCCCCGCUCCCCCACCCCAGGACACCUAUCCAACAAGGUCCCAGUGGUGCAGCAUGCUCACCAUGUCCACCCGCUGACCCCCCUCAUCACCUACAGCAACGAACACUUCUCCCCCGGAACCCCUCCCUCACACCUCUCCCCGGAGAUCCUUGACCCAAAGACAGGCAUUCCUCGGACUCCCCACCCAUCAGAGCUCUCUCCAUACUACCCCCUGUCUCCAGGUGCAGUGGGACAGAUCCCUCAUCCUCUGGGCUGGCUGGUGCCACAGCAGGGCCAGCACAUGUACUCUAUCCCCCCAGGGGGGUUCCGUCACCCCUAUCCCACCCUCGCAAUGAAUGCAUCCAUGUCCAGCUUGGUGUCUAGCCGUUUCUCCCCCCACAUGAUGCCCCACCACCCUCACGGCAUGCACCAGACUGGCAUCCCUCAUCCUGCUAUUGUAUCACCAGCCAUCAAGCAGGAGCCCAACAGUCAUGACCACAUGAGCCCCUCUAUGCAUUCCAGGAAGUCUCCUGGCCCAGCGAAGAAGGAGGAGGACAAGAAGCCCCACAUCAAGAAGCCUCUGAAUGCCUUCAUGCUGUACAUGAAGGAGAUGAGGGCCAAGGUGGUGGCUGAGUGCACUCUGAAGGAGAGCGCUGCCAUCAACCAGAUACUGGGUCGAAGGUGGCACUCACUUUCAAGAGAAGAGCAAGCGAAAUACUAUGAGCUGGCAAGAAAAGAGAGGCAACUCCACUCCCAACUCUACCCAGGCUGGUCAGCACGAGAUAACUAUGGAAAGCGGAAAAAGAGGAAGAGAGAUAAUAAGCCAGACUCAACACCAGAGGACUUCUCAAUCAGGAACAAGAAUCAGUGUGUGCAGUACCUACCCUCAGAGAAGAUGUGUGACAGCCCUGCCUCGUCUCACGGCAGCAUGCUGGAUUCUCCAGCCACACCCUCUGCAGCUCUGGCCUCCCCGGCUGCGCCUGCCGCCACCCACUCAGAGCAGGCCCAGCCACUGUCCCUCACCACCAAACCAGAGGGACGCCUGCACCAUCAUUUCCUAACUGGCAAGCCCUCUGGAUCUGCUUCUUCUUCGUCAUCUUCAUCUUCUUCCUCUUCCUCCUCGUCCCACCCAAGCAUCUCUAUCCCUAUUGGUACUUCAGGCAGCCACUCCGCACCAAUUUUCUCUCGGCCAAUCCCAUUCAGCUCCCUACACCACUCGAUGCUCUCCCCGCCCUCUCCUUUCCAUCAAGCAGCCCUGCAUUCCCAUCAUGCCCUGUUCCAGUCACAGCCCCUUUCCUUGGUAACCAAAUCGUCUGACUAAAUCUACAAAAGCAAUUCCUUUCUCUUUUAUUGUGCUGUAUAUUGCUUUUACUUUUCAAAAAAUAGAUAUUAGAACAACUUUUUUUAAAUGAUGAAAAGGAAGAAAUAUUAUUGGUCAAUAUUUGAUCCCGUCCUUUUCUACUCUCAAUGAAACAAAGUGUAUUUUUUUGUAAAGUUUACUACAGAACUGGUUUCUCCUUUUGAUGCAUUUAUCCAAUGAACCAGUUGUAUAAAAUAACCCAUGUAUAAAAUGUUUAAGAAAAAACAAGGAAAAGAAAAAACCUGAUUUAAUGUUAGUAUUGAGUUUAAUUCAUAGUUUUUGCCAAUUAUUUCAGUAAUUUCAACGAUCCCUUUUAAAUUCCCAAGUGUGUGACCUUCCUUUUGACAUGUUAAAUAAACCUUUGAGAUUGUUUCUUA